AUGGCAUUCGGAAACGGCAGCACCCUUAGCUCUGCAGCCAAGGGUAUGCUAGACAAGGAUGUUGUCUUGCCCGGCGGUCCCGAAGACACCAUCUCAGCGUUGCGCUGGUCGCCCGUGGCCAACCACUUGGCGGCCGCGUCCUGGGAUGGCAAAGUCUACGUCUAUGAUGCUACCAACUCGACUUCGACCGACACCAUCAAGGGCGUCGCCGCCAUCACUGUCGGCUCCCCCGUCCUCGACUGCGAUUUCAGCAAGGACGGAACCGUCGCUGCGGGCGCCGCAGCAGACAAGAAGAUACAUCUCAUGGACCUCAACUCGAGCCAAACCAUGACGCUCGAGGCACACACGUCGCCCGUCCGCGCCGUCCGCUUCGUCCAAGUCCCCUCGGCCAACGCCCCCAUCAUCGCCUCGGGCUCCUGGGACAGGACGGUGCGGUACUGGGACAUGCGCCAGCCGCAACCCAUUGGCGCUCUCCAGCUGCCCGAGCGCGUCUACUCCAUGGACGCCUCCGGCCCGCUGCUUGCCGCCGCCACGGCCGACAACCACAUCCACCUCGUCAACCUGCACGGCAACCCGCUCCAGCUGUCCAAGUCGGUCAAGUCGCCCCUCACCCACCAGACGACUUCCGUCUCGGUCAGCGCGGACGGUUCCCGCUGGGCGAUCGGCGGUAUCGACGGCCGCUCUGCCGCCCAAGUCGUCGAUGAGAAGGAUAAGAGCCUCGACAACCUGCAGUUCAAGUGCCACCGCGAGCCCCACCCCACCAAGAAGGGCCACACGGACGUCUACGCCGUCAACGCGGUCGCCUACUCGCCCGCCCACAAGGACGUGCUCGCCACGGCCGGGUCCGACGGCACCUACUGCGUCUGGGACGUGCGCAAGCGCCAGCGCCUCCGCUCCUUCCCCAAGCUCGCCGGUCCCGUCACGGCCCUCGCCUUCGCCCGCGACGGCAUGGCCCUGGCCUACGCCGUCGGCUACGACUGGGCCAGGGGCUACCAGCACAACAGCGUCACGGCCGAGCGGAAGGUCGUCCUGCACCGGUUUGCCGAGGCCGUGAAGAAAUGA